CACGCAAUCCCACAUGCAGGGCCAGCAUCCCGGCCCGCCUCGGGCGGUGGCCUGGCGGGAAGCCGAGGUCGGGCGCCAUGUUCCCCGCCAGUUCCCAUCGCGGACUACAUUUCCCAGAAACGUCCGCGAAGUCCGGGCGGCCUCUUCUUCUGCCCGCGGGACCCUCUUCGUCCGGGCAGGGGAAAGUGCACGCUCUGCUCCUCCAGAGGAUCCCAGUGGAGAAAAGAGGAAUGGCUGUGGACCAAGCCAAACAGAAGAAAUCGGUGGCGUUCAGUGACGUGUCCCUGGACUUCUCUCAGGAGGAGUGGGAGUGCCUCGGCCCUGCUCAGAGGGACCUGUACAGAGAUGUGAUGUUGGAGAACUACAGCAACCUGCUUUCCGUGGCAGGACCUCACAUCCCCAAGCCUCAGGUGAUCUCUCUGUUGGAACAAGGCAAAGAGCCCUGGAUGAUCGGCAAAGAGCUGACAAGAGGCUUGUGCUCAGCUCUGGAGUCAAUGUGCGAAAGCAAGUUACUAUCCCUAAAGAAGGAAGUUUAUGAAAUGGAAUCGUGCCAGAGGGAGUUAAUGGGACUUAGCAAGCACGGCCUCGCUUACUCCAGUUUCAGAGAUGUUCUGGAGUGUGGCAGCCAAUUUCAAAAUGGACACGUAAGCCAAGAAUUACUCACGCGUGAGUACAUGCCCACAUUUGUUCAACAGACUUUCUUUACCCUACAUCACAUGAUAAAUAAUGACGAGAAACCCUAUGAGUGCAAGAAAUGUAGAAAGGUCUUUACUCAGAACUCACAGUUCAUUCAACAUCAAAGGGUUCAUGGUGAGAAGUCGUACGAAUGUAAGGAGUGUGGGAAGUUCUUCAGCUGUGGCUCGCAUGUCACGCGACAUCUGAAAAUUCACACCGGUGAGAAGCCCUUUGAGUGCAAAGACUGUGGGAAGGCCUUCAGCUGUAGCUCGUACCUCUCUCAGCAUCAGAGAAUACACACCGGCAAGAAGCCUUAUGAGUGUAAGGAGUGUGGGAAGGCCUUUAGCUAUUGCUCAAAUCUCAUUGACCAUCAGCGAAUUCACACCGGUGAAAAGCCUUACGCGUGCAAAGUGUGUGGGAAAGCCUUUACCAAGAGCUCCCAACUUUUUCAACACGUGCGGGUGCAUACAGGUGAGAAACCCUACGAAUGUAAGGAGUGUGGCAAAGCCUUUACUCAGAGCUCGAAGCUGGCUCAGCACCAGAGGACCCACACCGGGGAGAAGCCCUAUGAGUGCAAGGAGUGCGGGAAGGCCUUCAGCAGCGGCUCAGCACUUACGAAUCAUCAGAGAAUCCACACCGGGGAGAAGCCCUAUGAGUGCAAGGAGUGCGGGAAGGCCUUCACCCAGAGCUCACAACUUCGGCAACAUCAAAGAAUUCAUGCGGGGGAGAAGCCCUUUGAAUGUCUUGAGUGUGGGAAGGCCUUCACUCAGAACUCACAGCUUUUUCAACAUCAGAGGGUCCAUUCAGAUGAAAAACCCUACAAAUGUAAUAAGUGUGGAAAGGCCUUUAAUAAAUGCUCAAACCUCACCCGACAUCUGAGGAUUCACAGUGAGGACAAGCCCUACAACUAACAAGAGUGGGAGGCCAUUUAGGAAUGGCGCAGACCUUAUUGGCCAGCAGGGACGUCAUACCUAUGAGUAUUAAAAAUCCACGGUUGACAGUGUUUGACCAGAUAUUUACGUCUUCAUCUGAGUGCAGUUAACUGUAGGUUAUGAGUUCCAAGCCUACGUUUAUUCUCUUCUCCCACACCAAUGCUAGUUGCUUUUUAAUAAUUUUUUCUCUCCCCAUCGCUUGUGGAUUUGUCAUGCUGUUGUUUAUAUAUGCUUAUAUUUUUAGGACUGUCUUUUGUUUUCUAAACUGUGUUCUUACUGCUUGCACUAAUAAUAGUGUUUUGAUUGUGUAACUUUUAAUAUUUUAAAUUCCUUGUCGAAUUCCAAUGUUGUAUUUGAGGCAAUGUCAGUAUCACUGUGUUUCAUGAGCUUAUUUUUAUUUUUAUUAUAAGUGAAAAAAAUGAGAAAAUUUGGAAAUCUAAGAGAGAGGAAUUUUCAUUCAGAACAUGGCUGCUCUGGCAAGAAAUCACAUCCGAAGAUCUUCUAGAUUUGUGUGAUCUGUUUGAAAUGCAGACAUGCCUUUAAUCCAAGAGGCCAGAGGCCAGCCUGGUAUAGAGCAAGUUUCAGGUAAAGAAAGGCUAAGGUUCAGGCAUGGUGGCACACGCCUUUAAUCCCGGCUCUUGGGAGACAGAGGCAGGCGGAUCGCUGAGUUCAGUUCAGUCAGUUCUUCAGACAGGAGGCGAGUGGAGAGGUGGCGCCAGUGGAGCUGGCAGCUCAGUUCGUGGAAUUCAAGGUAGUUUUACAGGGAGAGUUCUACAGAGGCAGGUGGAAGAGGGAACAAGCGAGGCACAGGUGAAGACAGAACGAGCCAGAGAAGGAAAAGGAGCCUGAAGACUAGAGCAGAUUGCGGGAGUUGGUUUGAAACCAAGAGAGAAGCCAGGUGGAAUCAGCUUGGAGAGGAGUUUGAGCCAGAACAGCUGAGUUGAACCAGCCAGAGUUCAGGAAGAGCUAGGAAGGGGUGAGCUCACUUAGCAGUACAGCUCAGAGGCUGAAAGAAUUCUCAGCCUAGAGUAGAUUGUAGCGAGGGUAGAAGCUUCCAGGGCUAGGCCUAGGUUAGCAGAGGGAGGCAGUAAGCUUCAGAGGUGACAAUUAAAUCAGGCAAAUAAAAGUUACUUUAACAAUGUAAAGCUCAGUUAUCAGAACGAACUGAGAUUAUGUUGAUUACACGGAGGACUAUAAAUUGCUAGUUCUCCUGGACUUUGCUCUCUGCAGGUGUGGGGUCAUGGUGUUUGCGUUCUUCCUCCACCUGCCUUCAUCAUGCUAAAAAAGUCAUUGUAACAGUUGCUUUCCAGCAAAUACAGGUUCUACUUUUAAUGACUUAAUAUCUUUUAAGUGACUAUUAUUCAUGUUACAGUUGCUUCUAAAUUUUUGCAUUAUGACCCCAAACUUAGGUUUGGAUGUUUGAUGUUUUGUUUCUCUUAAAAUCAGAAACAUUUCUUUUAAUGAUGAAUGUAUUCACCUUUUCUCCUUGUACGCUAUUUAGUUCUUUUUCAUUAACCCUAAUCCUAGUGUCAUGCCAGAAAGGCAAGUACAUUUAGGAAAGUGUUAUUUUUCCAGAUUUUUUUGUAUAUGUUAUAAGUAGUUGUGUAUUUCUUAUUUUACAUAUGCAGUCAAGUGUAUGCAUUGGUUUGCUAUGAGAACUCAAUGAAUUCAUAAAUAUGAAGAACUUAGAUCUAUUCCUAGCACCCAGUAUGGAUUUAAUAAAAAAGGUUUCUCUGUUGUCA